AUGGAGAAACUAUCAGAAACAACACCCGAUGGCACUUCGCCUCGAACUUUUGCCCUGAACCAUUUGAGGCCACGAUCGAGUUUCAAGGGUUGCUCGCGCAUUUCCGACUAUGAGCUGCUGGGCAAGUUGGGAGAAGGAACCUUUGGUGAGGUUCAUCGUGCCCGACUGCGCAGAACUGGCGCCCUUGUCGCUUUGAAGAAGAUCAUCAUGCAUCAUGAGAAGGAUGGUUUUCCUAUUACCGCCCUCCGCGAGAUCAAGCUUCUCAAGCUUUUGUCACACAAGAAUAUUCUCAGACUAGAGGAUAUGGCUAUCGAGCACCCUACCAGGCAAACUGAUAAGCGCAAAAAGCCUAUCGUAUAUAUGGCGACUCCCUACAUGGACCACGAUCUGUCCGGCCUCCUCGACAACCCUUCAGUUCAGUUCAAGGAACCUCAAAUCAAAUGCUACAUGUUGCAGCUCCUUGAGGGUCUUCGAUACCUACAUGACAGUCGCAUCUUGCACCGCGAUAUGAAGGCGGCCAAUUUGCUGAUCAACAACAAGGGUAUCCUGCAAAUUGCUGAUUUUGGUCUUGCCCGACACUACGACGGAAAGACACCACAGCCCGGAGUUCCCAUGGGCGAGGGCAAACGAGAUUACACCGGCCUAGUUGUCACUAGAUGGUACCGACCGCCUGAGCUUUUGCUCCAACUGCGACAAUACACCCCCGCUAUUGACGUAUGGGGAGUAGGCUGCGUUUUUGGCGAAAUGCUAUACGGAAAGCCCAUCUUGGCGGGUGAGAGUGAUGCCGCCCAACUUGAUAUCAUCUGGGACCUCAUGGGCUCUCCUACCGAAGACAACAUGCCCCGAUGGAAAUCACUGCCUGGAGCCGAGCACUUGACUCCUCGGUCACGAACAGGGAACCUGGAGAACCGCUUCAGACAAUACGGCCAAGGAGCCGUCUCAUUACUUAAAGAACUUCUCAAACUUGAUUGGCGGACACGAAUCAAUGCAGUUGAUGCUUUGCAACACCCAUGGUUCAAGAUGCAGCCUCUGCCACUUGAACCCCAUGAGAUCCCUACCUACGAAGAGAGUCACGAAUUGGACCGUAGAAAGUUCCACGAUCGCAAGGCCGCUCUACCUCCUGCUCCCAAGGGUGGAACUGUGGGCGUUGGUCCCGACGCCAACGGCGCUACAGCAGGCUUUAAUAGCAAUGAGCCUUAUGGAAAUGGUCGUAACGGAGUGAAUGGAGGUAGGUAUCGCAAUGGGCCUGACGAUCGUCGUCCCGCUUGGCAACGAGAGCGAGGUGCUGGAUUACCUCCACGACCACCUCCCAACAACGACGAUGCGGACUUUCGAGAGCGAGGGCCUCCUCGCCCUAGAGGACCGCCUGGGCCAAGAGGACCAGACGUCGACACUUACAUCCCUGCAUACAACCGAGAUGACCCAGGCCGACGAAGGGACGAUCGCCCACCACCACGAGAUGAUCGCCCGCCGCCCAGGGAUGACCGUCGACGCCGCAAUAGCAGAGAGGAUCGUCGCUUUGACAGGGACCGUGGUACCAUGAGCCGUAGCAGAUCACCAAGGCACGACCGAUCAAGAGACCGAGACAGGCCCGAUCACAACGGGUAUCGGAGAUAG